GAGGCCGCACCCGCGUUCUGAGUGGGUAAUUCUCGGAAUCCUGCGCGGAUCCACAAGUUGUGAGCCACCCAGACACCCCGGUAUGGGUUUAGCUUCUUCCUUACAAACAGUUCGGAGGAGACACUGCAGCUGGUUCCAUUUAACAGCUGAGAAAAGCCAAGCCAGAGCGAACUGCUCUCUAACCGCAUUCGCGGCCGACUCAGAUUGUCUGUCCCGUGGUGGAUCUCACAGUCACUGGCUACCAACAAGCCCACUGGGCCUGAGAUGCUAGACGACAAUUCCCAUAUGCCCCCACGCUCCCACUGUGCCCUCAAUCCCGGAAGCGGAACUGCCUGCGCAUGAAGGGCGGGACUGGUAUGGCCUGCUAUUGGCUGCCGCCGGCUAUACAGAGGCCUCUUCUGCAGCGCGCUGAUUGGCUGCAGAACCUCAACUCCCGGUAUUUGAAUCUGGGGCGGGCGUAGCGGACGAUGUUCACGGACUGAGAGAGCAGAGCUUGGUCGGAUUCCUUUGGCUCGGUUUCUCUAGCUCGUUUUUCUGUUGCGGAGCAAAUACGGCGCUCCUCCCUUGCGGUUGGCGUCCGCGCGGGCCCAGGGCUCCGCAGCCGUAGGCAGGAAAGGAUGAGUCUGCAUAUCUUAACUGACGAAAAUGUCCCCAACGAGAAGAGUUCAGAAAGCCGUGACUUCCUGUUUUCAGCACCAGAACUUACCGGAAGAUCCUCUGUUCUUCGCCUGUCACAGAAAGAAAAUGUACCUCCCAAGAACCAGGCUAAAGCCGCAAAGGUGACUUUUCAGACACCUCUUCGGGAUCCACAGACACACAGGAUCUUAAGUCCUAAUAUGACCAGCAAACUUGAGGCUCCUUUUGCUCUGGAUGACAGUGUUGGAUUACAAAAUGACCACUGUGUCUUCUUACAGAAAGAGAACCAGCUGCCGGUAGCCCCAGUGGACAAUGUACCUGUGGUUCAGACGGCAGCCGAGAUCCUGAAAGCAGAGGGCGAGUUACAGGAGGGAAUUUUGAAUUCCUUGAGCCCUUCAGCUUUCACAAGUUUUCCAGACGGUGAGCUGGUAACCCCUCCAAUCGAGCCGAUGCCGGAGCCUUCCCCUCAGGGGCCAGAGCCUCUCUUGGACAGCGAGCCAGUGACCCCUCCAGUCAAGCCAGUGCUGGAACCUACUCCUCAGGGACCAGAGCCUCUCUUGGACAGUGAGCCAGUGACCCCUCCAGUCAAGCCAGUGCUGGAACCUACCCCUCAGGGGUCAGAGCCUCUCUUGGACAGCGAGCUGGUGACCCCUCCAGUCAAGCCAGUGCUGGAACCUACUCCUCAGGGAUCAGAGCCUCUCUUGGACAGCGAGCCGGUGACCCCUCCUGUUGAACCAGUGCCAGAGUCUUCCCAUCAGGGACCAGAACCUCUCUUGGACAGUGAGACAGUGACCCCUCCUGUUGAACCAGUGCCAGAGGCUUCCCCUCAGGGACCAGAACCUCUCUUGGACCCAAAGGAAGAGAGCUUCAGAGACCCAGCAGAAGUUCUAGGUGCUGGCGCUGAAGUGGAUUAUCUGGAGCAAUUUGGAACUUCCUCGUUCAAGGAGUCAGCCUGGAGGAAGCAGUCUUUGUACUUGAAAUUUGACCCCCUUCUGAAAGAGAGCCCUUUGCGGUCAAUGCCAGUGCCAGUGGCCCCAGUGACAAAUAGUACACAGGAUACAGAGGAGUCUGGCUCCGGAAAUCCAACAGAAGCCAAGCUUGUCGACUUAGAUUUCUUGGGAGGUCUGGAUGUUCCUGUGUCAGCCCCACCCCUGUGUGCCCUUGAGCCUCGAGGUCUCCUUCCUGCCGAGCCUAUUGUGGACGUGCUGAAAUACAGUCAGAAAGACCUGGAUGCAGUGGUGAAUGUGAUGCAGCAGGAGAACUUGGAGCUGAGAAACAAAUAUGAGAACCUCAACACGAAGUAUCUGGAGAUGGGGAAGAUCGUUGAUGGAUUUGAGAAGAUCGUGUACAAAUCAAUGGAGGAGGCUGAGAAACAGAAGGAACUAGCUGAAGACAAAAUUCAAAAGAUUUUAAGAGAGAGAGACCAACUUACUGCGGAUCUGAACUCUAUGGAGAAGUCCUUCUCUGACCUCUUCAAGCGGUUUGAGAAGCAGAAGGAAGUGAUUGAAGGCUACCAGAAGGGACGUGAUAGCCUAUCUAUCAGCAGGACAAGCUGCACCACGAGACUCUGGUAGGAGAGCACGGCCGGUCUAUGAGACGUGGUUUUAGAGGCUUUAGGAGCCUCAGCAGAAGAGACUGAGGGUUUCCCUGCUUAGUGCUACUAUGUCUGGCAUGCACAAGGCCCUUAGCUCACUCUCCAUUAACUUUUCAACCCUCCUGUCCUCCCAAAAGAAAAAAAGAGGGAAAAAAAAAACUUUGCAGUUAUAGAGUUCUGUGAACAGACACCAUGACCAAGGCAACUCUUACAAAGGACAGCAUUUAAUUGAGGCUGGGUUAUAGGUUCAGAGGUUCAGUCCAGGAUCAAGGCAGUGUCUAGGCAGUCAUGCUUCUGGAGGAGACAAGAGUUCUACAUCUUGAUUGGAAGGCAGCCAGGAGAAGACUAUCUCCUACAUGGCUAGGAAGAGGGUCUCUAAGCCCACCCCCACAGUGACACAGUUGCUCCAACUAGGUCACACCUAAUAGGGCUACUCCCUGAACCAAGCAUAUUCAAGUCACCACACAGAGAUUGGUAUUUUUGGGCGAUGGAGUUUGGGGAACAGCUAACAGUAGGCUCAGGAAUAUCUUGCAAGAAAGGGGAAACUAGACUUCCCCAUGGGGUCAAGUGGAAAAAACAAGUCAUGUCAGAAACCAGCUGCGGAGCUCUCGUAUCUCCUGCUACAUGGCCCUCAGUAGUGGUUAUGAGAGGCCCAGAGUGUGCUGAGGGGAGCAAGGCUGCAUAUAUUAUAUUCCUCAGGACUGUGCUACCCCCAGCCACAGUCUGUAGAAAUCCUAGUCAUGGUUUGCACUCGAGUAAGAACUGAAGCCUGGUACUAAGGUCUGGGGGUUAGGCUCAGGUCCCAGAGGUGACAGUCCAGAAGCUCUCUUUACCUUGAAGGUGGGAUAGACUGUUUUGGUUUUUCAAGACCGGGUUUUUUUGUGUAAGAGCCCUGGCUGUUGUAGAGCUCACUUCAUAGACCAGACUGGCCUCAAGCUCAUAGGUCUGCCUGCCUCUGCAUCUCAAGUACUAGGAUCAAAGGUAUGCACAGCCACACCCAGCUCAAGGGGUGCUUUUUUAAAAUUUACAUUCCAAAUGUUGCCUCCCUUCCCAGUCUCCCCUCCCCUAGCUCUUCACACACACCCUUUGUUUCUGAGAGGGUGAUCAGCCACCCACUCACCCCCACCAGCAUCUCUGUUCCCUGGGGCAUCUUCUCCCAUUGAGACCAGACAAGGCUUUUUCUAAAGAGAAAAUGUCAAGUUGUGUAUCACUAAUGUCCCCCAAAGCCUUUAAGUGUCUACAGUCUGCACUUGACCCUGGGAGUCCCAUAUGCCAAACCUGGACAGAACCCCAGCCUUGGUGGAACAGUGUACUUUUAAGGUUUCCUAUUUGUUCACU